AUGGGCAACAUCUCCAGCUAUCCCAAGAUAUCCGCUCAGGAUCGAGCGAUCCUCGACCUAAAGAACCAACGUGAUAAGCUCCAUCAGUACCAGAAACGCAUCGCCGUCCUCACAACGCGCGAAACCGAAAUCGCAAAGGAAUGUCUAGCCCGGAAUGAUCGAAGGAGCGCCCUCCUUGCCCUCCGCCGUAAGAAAUACCAGGAAUCCCUUCUGGCCAAGAGCGAUGGACAGCUCGAGCAGCUCGAGCAAUUAGUCGGGCAGGUGGAAUUUUCGCUCGUACAGAAAGACGUACUCUUUGGGCUGCAACAAGGAACGCAAGUUUUACAGGCUAUUAAUAAGGAAAUGGGCGGAAUUGAAGGCGUGGAGAAGCUGAUGGGACAGACUGAGGAGGCGCGCUCAUAUCAAGAAGUGAGGACAUUGGACCAUUCCACCCGUGAGAUUAGCCAGAUGCUUGCGGGAAAUCUGUCGAACCAGGAUGAAGACGAAGUCGAAGAGGAACUGGCGGCACUGCAGGGUCCAGUGGUAUUACCAGAGCCUCCUACGACAAUUCCCAAACAGCCUGAAAUGCCGGAAGAUACAGCAGCAGAAGUAGAAAGGGAGAUGACAGAGCAAAGGGAGGUAAUCAGAAAGAAAGCGCGAGCUAUAGUCCCAGCUUCUUGA